UCCGAUCGGUCGUUUUAAAGAAGUGAAGAAGUGUUUUGUUGACCAAUUCAAAAAUGACGGCCGAGACAAACAAAGGACCCGUUCUGGGAAUGAGGCAUGUCCAGGCGCUACUGAUCUUCCUCAAUAUAACUACCGUAUUCAUAGGCCGCCUAAAUGUGGGCGUGUCUGUGGUGGCAAUGACCAAUGCGGAAACCACGAACCCGAACUUUCCGGAAUACGAUUGGACGGAGGCAGAGAAGUCGUAUAUAUUCUCCAGUUUCUUUUGGGGCUACAUCUUGACCCAAUUUAUAGGUGGCUAUCUCUGCAAGCGCUUUGGAGUCAAGAGUGUAAUGUUUUGGGGUGUCUUUGUAUCUGGUGUCUGCAGUGCAUUGACCCCGCUCUUCAUCGGUUUUGGCGGAUGGCAGGCCUACUGCGGAAUUCGCGUGGUUAUGGGCUUGGCACAGGGACUAGUUUUUCCCUGUAUUCAUCACCAUUUGGCCAAAUGGUCACCUCCGGCGGAACGAAAUCGGUUGGGAGCUCUUAGUCACACUGGGAUGGAGUGCGGCAAUGUAAGUGCCAUGUUCUUGAGCGGAAUGAUAGCCAAAAGUGCCAUUGGUUGGCCAGGAAUAUCAUAUGUCUCCGCAGGAUUAGCCUUCGCCUGGUGUGCCAUUUGGUUCGUUUUUGCCGCUGACAAUGCAGUGGAAUCUCGUUACAUAACCCAGGAAGAACUCCACUAUAUCGAAUCGUCUCUGAAGCACAAUGAGGACUAUCACAAGACCGUAAUUCCCGUACCAUGGAUGGCGAUUUGGACCUCGGCACCAUUUCUUGCUCUUACGCUGACGCGUUGUUGCGCGACCUGGGGUCUGAGCACCCUCCAGGCCCAAAUCCCAACUUAUAUGAACGGAGUUCUGGAUAUGGACAUGAAAAGCAAUGCAUUCUUUUCGGCAUUACCAUUUCUGGCCAUGUGGAUUAUGUCGUAUGUGUACCUGAUAAUCGCCGAUGUUCUGCUCGCCGGAAACAGGCUGAGUUUAACGGCCCUCCGGAAGACCUUCAACUCGUUGGCCUUCUGGAUUCCUUGUGCCACUUUGAUUGGAAUCGGAUUCCUGGAUCAGGAGCAGAAGAACCUGGCAAUUGCUUUGAUGACCAUCAGUGUCGGUGUCAACAGUGGAGCAACAAUCGGAAGCUCCUUGAACACCAUAGAUCUAUCCCCGAAUCAUGCGAGUAUUCUAAUGGGAAUCUUGAAUACGGCUGUUACUGUAGUGCCUAUAGUAACCCCUUUGAUUGUUGGAGUUAUUGUUCAUGAAGACGAUAACCGUGCUGAGUGGCAGAUAGUGUUCAUAAUUGCGGCAGUACUUUUUUUUGUCGGAAACUCGGUGUACCUAUACUUUGGAACGGCUGUUUCACAACCCUGGGAUGCUGAAGACUACCUCACAGUAAAGGUGCCAGAGCUAGCUAAAGUUCCAGCUAUCCAUGAAGCUGGUAAAGGUAUUGAUGACCUUCCACGAAGUCCUUGAAUUGAAGUUCUAUCGAUAGCACUUAAGUCUUCAGUUAACAUAGAAACUAUUUAAAACAACAAAGCAAUCAAAAUAAUUUAGAGUAUUAUUAUUAAAUUUAAUAAGAUUUAAGAUCUACAUCAGUACAUUUCAUUUGUUUAUUAAACGUAUAAGU